AUGUCUCCUCCCGCUGCCGAAAUCGAUGUUCAAACAACUGCCCCGGCAGUCCAGCCGGUCACCAAGACCAUUGUUGGCACCAAGAGCAGCAGCGCCUCGCGUCUGGACGGUCCUCUCACCUACUCCGGCAGCCUCGACUCCGAGGAGCAGUUUGAUGUCACUGCCGUAAUCGGCCGAGAAUUCCCCAAGCUGCAGCUUAGUGAGAUUCUCAAGGAUGACACCAAGCUCAGAGACCUGGCGGUGCUUAUUUCUCAGCGAGGUGUCGUUUUCUUCCGCAACCAGGAAAUCAACAUUGAAGAUCAGAAGUAUCUUGGUCAGAGACUCGGCGAACUGACAGGAAAGCCUGAGACUUCCAAGCUCCACCGACAUGCUCUCUCCAACAGCAAGCGUGGUAUCGCCGUCGACGAAAAUGGCAAGCUCGACGACGAGGUUUCGGUUAUCUCAUCUGAACAGAACCGAAAGUUCUACAAGGAUCGCUUCUCUUCCUUGUCGAGGAGCCUGGCUGGAGAAGGCUGGCAUGCAGACAUCACGUUCGAGAACAUUCCCUCCGACUACGCUAUCCUGAAGAUUAUCCAGCCCCCCGAGGACGUUGGGGGCGAUACUCUGUGGGCCAGUGGCUACGAGCUGUACGACCGUCUGUCGCCGCCCAUUCAGAAGCUGGCCGAGAGCCUCACAGCGACGCAUCAUCAGCCCAACUUUGUGCGUGUCAAGAAUGAAUUCGGCCAGGAAUUGAUCGAUGACAACCGUGGCUCUCCUGAGAACACGGGCCUUGACUUUAAGGCUGAACAUCCCGUGAUCCGGACGAACCCUGUUACGGGAUGGAAGAGCUUGUUUGCUGCUGGCCACCAGCUUACAGCUGGGCAUAUCAAUGGCGUGACCGAGACGGAGAGUGAGAUUCUCAAGAACUACUUCCGUCAACUCAUCACGGAGAACCACGACCUCCAAGUUCGAUUCCGCUGGGGCAAGAAUGAUCUGGCCAUCUGGGACAACCGUUCUGUGUUUCACACUGCUACUAAUGACUACAUCGGGAAGCGCCAAGGAAACCGUGUCGUGUCACUUGGAGAGAGGCCGUACUUUGACCCAGCUUCAAAGUCGCGAAGGGAGGCACUCGGGGUUGCCCAGUGA